AUGGAAUCCCAAUCAGAUUGUUUCGAUCCACAUUUUUCAACAAAUCCGUGCUACUUAUCGUCUUCAUCAUCCUCUGGAUAUCAAACAUCAAUGAACUCAUCUAAUUCAUCAUCGUUCAAUUACCCUUAUAUUUCAUCUAAUCCUUAUUUAUCUUCGACACCCACAUCAUCUCAUUUUAAUAAUUCAUUCCCAACAUCUCCUGUUAUUUGUAUGUACGAUAAUUCAACAAAUAUUUAUUCUUCAAAUUUAGUGAUAGAAAGUCCUUCAUGUAAUUACCCUCAAAAUUUGAGUAUAUCGCGUUCAUUUUCACCAUGUCCACGUUCAUAUCCGUCAUAUUACACUUCACCGUCUUCACCAUCUUUAUCUCCCUCAACCACACCGAAUCCAAUCGUUUUUCCAAGUUCGAAUGUUAUUCAACUGCCAGAUUAUUUUGCACCACCAUAUCCAUUAUUGACGUCGACAUCCAGUUAUUCCGAUGAUAUUCCCGAUCAUUCAGUUUUAUCUCAAUUAAUACCACCCACGGGAAGACGACGACGACAGAGAACAAAUUACAGUAAAGAGCAAAUUCGUGAAUUGGAGAAAGUCUUUCAGACAAGACAGUACCCAGAUGUCAAUGAUCGUGAAGAUUUAUCAAAACGUCUCGAUAUUUCUGAGUCGAGAAUUCAAGUGUGGUUUAAAAAUCGACGAUCAAGAUCUCGUAUGACUAGGUGUACGGAGGGAAAACGAAAUAUUGAUCAAAACGAUACACACAAUUAA